AUGGCCAUCUGCCGGCCCCUGGGCUACACCACAGCCUUGAGCCCCCGGCGCUGUGUCCUCCUGGUGGCCGCCUGCUGGGACAUAGCUCAGCUCAAUUCCCUAUUACACACCAUCCUCACUUCCGUCAAUGAGCUGGAGCUAAUAUCUGUGGGCGGGCCCUUGGUUCUACUACCUCUGAUGUGUAUCCUGGUCUCUUACGCCCAGAAAGUCUCUGCCAUCCUGAGAAUGUCCUCAGCAGGAAGCAUGUGCAAAGCCUUCUCCACCUGUGGUUCCUACCUGGCUGUGGUUUCACUGUUCUACAGGACGUCCACAAGCGAGUACAUGUGCCCCUUGCCCCCCGGCUCCGCUGAUGAAAGCAGCCUAGCUGCAGUGUCGUACGCAGUUGUGACUCCCCUGCUCAACCCCUUCUUCUACAGCCGGCGCCACCACGACCUUCAACAGGCCCUGCACAGAUUUCUCUGCAGGAAGAAAUCCUCCAAUCUAACCGUCACAGCCUUGGACUCUGCAAACCAGACAGGCAACUCGGUGUUCGUCCUGUUGGGUCUCUCCAGUGACUCUGGGCAGCAGCGGCUCCUCUUUGUGCUCUUCCUGGCUAUGUACCUGAUCACCGUUGAGGGGAACCUGCUCAUCAUACUGGCCAAGCAGACAGACUCCCGCCUACACUCCCCCAUGUACUUCUUCCUCGCCAACCUGUCCCUGGUCGACGUCUGCUUCUCCUCCACUACCAUCCCCAAGAUGCUGGCCGAAAUGCAUACCGGCAGCCACACCAUCUCCUACGCCAGCUGUCUGAGCCAAAUGUACUUUUCAUUUCUAUUUGAAGGCCUGGACGACAUCCUCCUGGCUGUGAUGGCCUAUGACUGCUUCAUGACCAUCUGUCGACCCCUGGGCUAUUUCACAGCCAUGAGCCCCCGGUGCUGUGUCUUGCUGGUGGUUGUCGGCUGGGUCACCGCUCAGUUCAAUUCCCUGUUACACACCAUUCUGUUGGCUCAGUUACCCUUCUGUGCUGAACACACCAUCCCCCACUUCUUCUGCGAUUUGGCUUCGCUGCUGCCACUGUCCUGCUCUGACACCUCCAUCAGUGAGAUGAUGUUAAUGUCUGUGAGUAGGGCGGUGAUUUUAAUUCCUCUGACGUGCAUCCUGGGCUCUUAUGCCCACAUAAUCUCUGCCAUCCUGAGAAUGCCUUCAGCGAGAAGCAAGCACAAAGUCUUCUCCACCUGUGGUUCCCACCUGGCUGUGGUCUCACUGUUCUAUGGGACAGUCACUGGCGUGUACAUCUGCCCCUCUCCCCCCGGCUCCUCUGAUGUAAACAGCGUAGCUGCAGGGUCCUAUGCAGUGGUGACCCCUCUGUUGAACCCCUUUAUCUACAGCCUGCGCAACCACGACCUUCAUCAGGCCCUGCACACAUUCUUCUGCAAGAGGACUCCCUCUAUUAUGCAACAGUGA